AUGAGUCUUCCAACUCAAGAUGUUCUUGAUGGUAUUAACGAAUUAAUAACGGAAAUCACUGGAUUUCAGCCUCACGAUGAAAACUUUGAAAUAUGUCAACGUUAUUGCAUUUCACACGUCGUUCAUCACACGUAUCCUUUUGUAAAUAAAUCAACCGUUAAAAAUUCAAUAGAAGGUUAUGUGUCAAGAUUUUAUGGACAUGGUUAUUUCAAAGUUUGUCAAGAACUUCAAAAUCAAGUGAAAAAAUAUUUAAAUAAUGAGUCAGUAUUUGAAAAAAAUCCUCAGUAUGAUAUACAAUGGAGUUUAUUAAGUUUACUAUGUAAUUUAAGUUCAAAUUUAACUGAUGUUAAAACAGUUCCCCAACUUUUACCAACAGAUGAAAUCGAAAGCGAAACAGAUGAUUUCGAUUGGUAUGAAUAUUUAACAAAAGAUCUACCACAAAAAUCCAACGACUUUACAUAUGAUAGCGAAUUAUCCAGUUCUGAAGAGAAUGACGACAAUUAUGACAGUAGAGAAAACUCAAAUUAUUCAGAAGAUGAAAAUCUUGAUAAACAAAUUGUGUGCCAACCGGAGAUCAAGUCUGAACCGCCAUUAAAUUGCCAAAUUUCACAAGUUGAAACCAUUGCAGAACUCAGGAGAAAAUCAAUAGAAGAUUUACUUAGGAUAAAACAAAAUAAUGAUGAAAUCGAAAAUGAUUGUAAUAGUAGAGGAAAUAUUUCCGAACAGUUUCAAGAAUUGUUAAGUAACGAAGGAAUUUAUCAACCAUUUCAAUAUUUAUCAGAAAUAGAAAUGAUGGAAUAUAUAUUAUGUCAAUUUCAAACGGGUGAAAACAUUUUUUUAAAAAAAGGACUCGUUAAUCCAGCUCUCAUAAGCGUCACACAGAACACAAUCGGAUUUUAUUUCAAAUCAUUGCAACCUUAUUUUGACAUGAUCAAAUGUUUUGUCACAUUCGAUAAAGAAAUAAUGUCAGCCAAAUAUCCGGAAUUGAAUUCGGAUGAAAAUAAUGAUUUCAUUAUGACAAACUACGAAUUGUCUUCGAAUAAAUCAGUUUUCCAGUAUUUAAAAAUUCCAAACGUUUUAUUCAAAUAUAGUCUUCUUAUGAAAAAAGCAUUAGAACCAUUUCAAAAUGAAAUUAUGGAUAUAUUAAAUGAUUUGGAUUCAUAUACGAUAAUAAGCAUGCAUAAAAAACUCCAGCGUCAUUUUUUCAAAUUGACGUCAUUAUUUUCGAUGCAUAAUAAAGCGACGAAAAAUUGGAAAAAAAGUACCAAUUGGGUUUCCUCGAUAAGAUUGAAAAGAACGACAAAAUGUUCGAAGAAUAAUUUCAUCGAUGAAUUUACAAUUCGUCCUUACGAAGUUGAAUUAUGCGAUACGGGAAUGAAAAUGAUUCCGAUAAUUAAAUUCAUUUCGGAAAAGAUGAUACUCGUUGGUCAAUCGUUAGAAGUCCUCAGGCAUUUGGAAAGAUUCAUAUCCAGAAACGAACAAUGCGAGAUGACGUCAUCAUCUUACGAAGAACUCGUCAAAAAUUUAAAUAUAAAAAUCGACGAAUUGGGAAAAAAAAUGGAGGAGGUUACGUCCAAAUCCGAAAUAAAAGAAAAAAAACAAAAAAGUAUUUUCACAAUGAAAAAUAUAAAUUUUUUGCCGUUGAAUCGUAUGAGAGAAUCGAAAGGAGACGGUCCAGAUGUAUUUUCCGAAUUGGCAAAAGAAGAAGAAGAAGAAGAGGGAAUGAAAAAGGAGGAUAAAAAAACGAAAGAAAACGAUAAAAUCGAAAGUAUCGAAUCUCGAUCGAAAAACGAUUGUUUCGAUUUUAUACAAUCGACAAUCGGAAAUGAAUUUUUCAAAAAGGCUUUCGAUAAUAUCGGUUUAGAACACGAAAUGAAAAGGUUGGAAGGAUCUAAAAUCAAUGGGGAAAAAUACGAAUCUUGUUCCCUUUACGUCAUAAAUAAAGCGUACGAGGGAAAAUACGCCGUUUAUCCUUAUCACAAAAUGAUAACGGAAUGCUGUCAAAAAAUAUUAGAAAGUCGAAUAUAUUCCGCUUGUUCGACGGUUAAAAAAAUCGUCGUCGUCGAACGUCAUUUAAAUUCUCACAUUUCGCUUUUACAAAGUCUUCUCUUAUUCAACGAUUCGUAUUUGAUUCAACCUUUUCUCUCGGUUUUUUUCACUCAGGUCGGUGUGUGGGAAAAUCCAUUUUCUCUCACUUUCCACUUGAAAGAAUGUUUGGAAUCACGUUAUGAAAAUUUCAUUUCCGGUUUAUCCGUUUCCGUUGCGAAAAAUUUAUAUUCGGCGUCGGGUAAAAACAUAUUGUUGGCAAUCGAUAAUUUGAUGAUAAAUUACACGGUCGAAUGGCCGCUCACGUUAAUAUUCACGCAAAAUCUCAUGUUGAAAUACAACAGGAUAUUUCGCAUAGCAUUGAAAUUAAAAUGGGCUCAUUGGACACUGUCAAACCUUCAUUUUCGAAGUAUCGCGAAAGAAUUCAAUCACGAACGUCACAGGCUACACCUUUUAAGAUUUUGGUUUUUGAGCAUAUUAAACAAGAUAAAUAAUUAUUUCAUGGCUCAAAUGAGUCCGGUUCAUUUAAAUUUCGACACGUGCGAAACGUUGGAAGAGAUAAUAACGAUGCAUUCCAACUUUAUCGAUAACGUCUAUUACAAUUGUCUUCUAAGCGAUAAGUCACCGGAAAUGUAUAAAGUUUUAUUCGACACUCUCAUUCCACUGUGUAGAGACGUUGAAAUAUUUUGGAACGACGAAGGAAACAACGACAACAAAUCUUUGAUGACGUCAUCAAAUUUUCCAAAUUUAAAAAAUAUGGAAAUGAUAUUUGGAAAUUGUCAAAUGAAAAUAUUCCGGUUGUUGAAUUCCCUGGAAAAUGAUUAA